AUGGAGAGUCUACGCUUGCUCACUGGAACGCUGUUGAAUAGUGCUGGAACAAUGACACUAAUUUCUGAUCAAGGGUUUAGCGAAGAUAAGGCAAAAGGACGAAAAGAUACGAGUAAUAGUUAUUCAGGGUUAAGAGUGGAUGACAUUUUAAUUCGAGGGCUGAAAUGGAGUAAGCUUCUUAAUCCUGACAAGAAAGCGCAAUGGUGGUUGUGUGGGGAUAUGGCAUCCUCUACAGAAAAUAUCGAGGAGAAAAUGCUGCAACUUGCUGCUGCACAGAGGAUGAACACAGAUGCAAGAAGGGCAAUCUUUUGUAUAAUAAUGAGUGGGGAGGACUACAUUGAUGCUUUUGCAAAACUUUUGAGGUUGGAUUUGCCAGGGAAGCAGGAGAGAGAAAUCAUGCGAGUUCUAGUGGAUUGCUGUCUACACGAGAAAGUCUUUAACAAGUACUAUUGUGUUCUGGCUUCCAAGUUGUGCAGCCAUGACAAAAACCACAAGUUUACUUUACAGUACUGCUUAUGGGACCAUUUCAAAGAAUUGGAGUCGAUGCAGCUGAUUAGAUCAAUGCACUUAUCAAAAUUUGUUGCCGAGCUGUUUGCGUCUUUUAGCCUCUCUCUUGCUGUCUUGAAGGCUGUGGAUCUAAGUGACACCAGACAACUAACUUCAAAAAAGAUUAUGCAUUUUCGAUUGCUAUUUGAGGCCGUCUUUGAGUUUCUAGAUAGGCUUUUUUGGAACAUAUUCACGCGCAUAGCUGUCACCCCCGAGUACGAAACACUUCAAAACGGAAUCGUGUUCUUCAUCAGCAAGUAUGUUGUGAGUGACCAAAAAUCCACAGGAGAAAAAUUUAAGAUUGCAAAGAGAGCUCUUAACAAUAUUGAAGGAGUUAUCCUGAGUUUGGUGAUCUGA